AUUUUAUUUUUAAAAACUUUGGUAGCCGGGAAAAUUCCAUAGCGCAGUCAGCUACAAGCUUGCUCCUCGGCGACCCCACUGCCCGUAUAUGAUACUAGGCGGCUGAUGAAGGACCAAGACAUUUUUGACCAGCUCUGCUGAUGGCGGCAUAUCAAGCUUUCCUUCCUCACUAAAAGUAAUUGACUAAAGCACAAGAUUUGUCUCCUCUUCACCUCACAAGCUGGAGGGUCUGGUUGACGGUCACGAUGCUCUCUCAUGGAAACAAUCGCAGGAAGUGAAACUUGGUGCGCUGCUUGGAAAAGCCGCUUUGGGGAAUGUUGUCCGGGGUAGACGGAAGGUUGUCGGUCUCAGUUUUCUCUGGCAGUAAUGCUCUGUCAGUCAUCAAUCCCCGUCGCAUUCUCCCUUUGCAGUAUCUUCCAGUUAUCUAUUGCCGCAUGAUAAGCCACCCUAAAACCCAGUGGCGUAGAACCUUACCCAUCUCUGCUGUACUCAUAGACUCAAAGGAUCAGGGGUUCACACAGCGUAGGGCAGCAAUGGCUUCUGCUACGCUAUGGCUGCGCCCCAACGGGGAAGACGUGAACGCUUGGGGAGUGAAUUGCCUGUGGGCAGCAAGUUGAGGAAACCAGCAAGGAAAAAACUAAACUGAGGCUUGGACAGCUGCGGUUCGGGAGGAAGUUUUUAGAAGCUUCUGGAAAUUUUUGGAACCAGGGAAGUGCAGCUGAAGGAGAAGGCUCCCGACAGUGGCGUUGUUAGAGAAACCCAGAGGUAUUAAAAUUGCUCUUUUCUUUCGUCCUUUGACUUCUGGUGUUUCCCAGGAGUUCUGUUGGUCGAACCCAACAAAAAGGCAGAUGAUGGGAGGAGGCGCCAGUGGCGCAGCCAUAGAAGUCAGGGCACGCCACCCCCGCCCCCGAGGCCCACGUUGAGUAGAGAAGGGGAGACAGAGCGGGUCUGGAGGGGCAUCGAAGAAUCGCAGACCCCUUGCCUGGUGAACAACGGCACGCCGACUCCCCCGGCCCAGUCGCACUGCCCACCCGCUAGCAAGUCAGGGCCCGUUGCCGUGGAGACCGCGGGCGCGGCGGGGCGGGGCGCGGAGGGAGCGAAUGCGCAAGCGCGCGCUGCGACGCCGGCCUCGGCUCCGCGCAGCCGGCAGGAUCGAGGCGAGGCGCCGCUCCACCCGCCCGGGCCGCAGCGGGGGUGCACGCCCGCCUCCUGGGGCCUUUACCGUCCGAGCAGCCAGGGGGGUCCGAGCCGGCUGCCAGAUCCCUGCCGGCCGGGCGGCCAGCCAGACCCCGGCAGGGGCGGAGAGCGGUCGUCGGCUGUUCCAGGACACGUGAGUAGUAUCUGGGGACCUCUGCAGCCCUCGGCCACCUCGUAGACUAUUUACCACACGAGGGAUUAGCGCCACCAGGUGUCCAUGGCUAUGGCGAUUAACCUUCUGGAGGACUGGUGUCGGGGGAUGGAUGUGGACAUCCACAGGUCCCUGUUGGUCACGGGCAUCCCGGAGGAUUGUGGCCAAGCGGAAAUUGAGGAGACCUUGAAUGGGGUCCUCGCCCCGCUGGGCCCAUAUCUCGUGCUUAACAAGAUUUUUUUGAGGGAAGAGAAUGCCAAAGCUGUGCUCAUUGAGGUUGGCGAGGGUGUGAAUCUGAGGGCCAUACCCCAGGAAUUCCCAGGAAGGGGGGGCAUUUGGAGAGUGGUCUGUAGAGACCCCAUCCAGGAUGCAGAAUUUUUUAAAAAUCUGAAUGAAUUCCUGGAUGCUGAGGGGCGCACCUGGGAGGAUGUGGUCCGCCUGCUGCAGCUCAACCACUCCCCACAGCCCCGGAACCAGACUCAGUCCCUAGAGAACUGGGCAGAAGCUUUUGGGGUGCUCCUGGGGGCAGUGGUGCAAAUCAUCUUCCAUGUGGAUGCAGAAAUCCGCGGCCGGGAGGAAACGAGGGCUCAGGAAGCUGCUGAGGCCCAGGCGGUAGCAGCCUCAGCCUCAGGGAGGAAGGUCAAGGAGGGGCCAGGGCAGGCCGCAGACGGGGGCUCUGUCUUGAACAUGGAGAAUUCUGACAGCUGGGAUGCCACGGAAGACGAGGGGGAGCCCCCCAAACCUUUGGUUCACAAGGCUGGAGCUACAACCCACUGUAGGAGAAAGAAGCAGAGGAAAAACUCCAAGCAGGAGCCAGUGCCCCGGAAGAAACCCAAAGGCCACCUUUCUGACACCUUGGCCUCCUUGGAAGAUCCUGAGGCAGAAGAUGCUGAAAAUACAGAAAUCUCAGAAUCUAUCAGGGGCAGCAGAAAGACCCGUGUGAAGCAGGAGGAGUCCGCUUUGAAGAAGCCCAGGGCAGAAUGUGCCCGGACACCUCCCAGCAGCCCGUCCCUUGAUGCCCAGUCAGCAGUUCAGAGCCCUGGGGUUGCUUCUGGGUCAGACCAAGAUGGUGCUCAGGAGGGCCCUCCAACGAAGAAGGCCGUGGGUUGGGCCUUGGCAAGGAGCCCUGCCCCCCUGAGGAAGAAAAAGAAAGUGAGCUUGGGCCCUGUGUCUUACGUCCUUGUUGAUGCAGAAGAUUCCAGGGCGACGAUCCUAAGGAAAGGGCCAGGCGCGAGAAGGGAUGCAUCAGUUCAGAAGGCGCUUCGAGGCCCACAGUGCAUGGGGUCGCCAGCGUCGACGUCACGGGGUCCCAAGGCCAAGCCAGAAGGCUGUCCUCAUGCCUCCAAAGAAGCCAGGAAGCUUUGAUUUGGAGGACCCCCCCAUACCUGCAGAGUCGAAGGUGCAGGAAGAAGCUCCAAGUGGGGAACAAUAUUUUCUCUUGUCCUUGAUUGAACCAAGACUUUUGAGUCUUUGGGGGACCCAGUUUGUGGAGAUGGGGCUCUCAGAGGUAAAUUGAUAUCUGAGGUGGGUGGAAUUGAGGGAGAGAGGUGUAUCUCUGUGUUUCUUUUCUGCCAGGCCUGUUUUUCACCUCCUCGUAGAUUCAUCUUCAGAGGUUGGGGGUCACUAAGCAGAUUGGGAGAAUUCUAGAACUUUUACCUUUACACAUGGGCUAGGGCCACUGUUGUGCCCUUCUUGCCCAUCCCUUCUUCCUCUCCUGGAUGGUCAGCUGACCUCGGCAGGGCCUGUGUGCUAAAGAGACCUCGGCAGGGCCUGUGUGCUAAAGAGCAGGGCGGCGGUUUUCCCCUUCUCCCUUCUCUGUGCUUCGACCCCGGCUAAGUUAAGCCCAGAUCUUCGAUGCAGACCGAGCUUCCUUGCCCCUCCAGCUGUCUAACUAGAGGGUGGUAGGGUCCCAAGAGUUAGUUUGGGGGAAAAGAAUGUCCACUGAGACCUUGAAGUAUUUGACGUUUAGGUUCUGUUAAUUAAAAUGGUACUUGGAUUCCCACCUGGGGUAAAGGCCUCUCAGAAAGCCUGCAGGAAAGGGGGGUGAUUGGAGGGGCAUGAUUCAGGCAUUCUGGGCUUCCCAGCGGUCAUCCCCUCCAGUGCCGCCAAACCUUCACUUUGAACAUCUUUGAGGCUGACAAUGAAGACCUUUCUCACAUUGUAGUAAGAAAGGGGGAAAAAAAAUCUGAAAAUAAUUGUUGUUAAUUCUGUGCUCCGAGUAGACCAGAAUACCCUGUCUCCUGUGUGUGUAGGUGGGGGCAGGAUGCCUGAAGAUCGGUGGUCGCCAGACUACCCCGGGGAGGCCCAGGGCGCGCUCAAAGCGGCAGUCUGAGUCUGUUUUUUCAUGUGUGUUAAGGAAAAAAACUGAAAAAUGUCUACUUGAAUACACUGUCGGCCAAACCAGUCGCAGAGGAGACUAUCAAAACAUUACCUUGUGUUCAUUAGUUAGCUUGUUUUUGUACAGGUCUCCAGGAGCUGUUUCUGCUAUAUAUUUGCAUAUAAUUGAAUUUCUUAUAAAUGUGACUGACGAGAAGGGUGACAAGUGGGAGAAUCCCUUCCUGCGCAUGCCCUGUAAUACAACACUCUGAAAGCCGUUUCCCUCUGUAAUUCACAGGCUCUUGAUGGGCUGUGAUUUUCAAGCAUGUGACAGCAAGUAAAUAAAUAUAUUAACGUGGCACACAGUGAUAAUAUUCUAGCCCUUUACAUUUUUAGGGUCUUUUACAACUUCAGUUUUUGUGAUAAAAAAAAAUGUGCACUGUUGUUAGAUUCAACUUUGAAAACAAAUUUCUUGUGACAAUUCAGUUCAAAGUCCCAGAUGAGUCUAACUGAAGAUGCAGGGGAAAAAAACAUAAAAAGGUUUCCAUUUGUAUCUAUUCAUCUGUGUGCAUCAAGGUUUUCCCGGGAUGUAUGCAAAACAAAACGCAGGAAUGAACUGGAUCCUCGAGCCUGCAACGCUCUGAAACCUGACUUCAAAAUCAGAUCCAUUAGGGCUUCGUUGUGUUAACAGAUGGACACCGGGAUCAGUAAAUGUAAAAUGUGUUACCAAAUAAAGCUUAGCAAACUCAGUUAUCUGUUGAGUCUUACAGGUGGUGAUGGCGUGGACUAUUUAAUUUGAGAGGAGGGUUCCCUUGAUGGACAGUCCACACCGUCCUAGACUCCUAGCUUGGUGGGAGCUGUUGUCAGUCCUGCUAGGAUUGUCAGUUUUCCAUGAGAGAAGAAGCUAUUAGACGUCUGUCCUCUUUGCCAUUCAUAUGGCCUUCCACCAGUGUGAAAGGAUCUCCCGCUGAUCUUGGGGUUUCUAGGAGUUUCUAGAACAGGUACCAACUGGUGAUGUGAUUUAUCUGAAAAUGCUAGG